GCUCUCGGCUGGACCCGCCGGGAGCCGGCAGCCAGACCCCCUGCCCGGCCCAGCCCUGCCCGGCCCAGCCCUGCCCGGCCCUGCCCGGCCCCGCCCGGCCCCGCCCCGCCCUGCGCCACCCUGCCCUGCCGUGCCCCGGCCCGCCCGCACCCGGCAAUGUCGGACAGAGCGGAGGGGCCCGCGGGGGGCCCCUCUGGCUCCCCCGGCUCCCCCACCCGCGACUCCGCCGGUAUCUCCGAGCCGCGGAUCAUCACAGUUACGGUGAAGACUCCCAAGGAGAAGGAGGAGUUCGCCGUUUCCGAGACCAGCAGCAUCCGGCAGUUCAAGGAAGAAAUAUCUAAGCGUUUCAAGUCCCACACUGAUCAGCUUGUGUUGAUAUUUGCUGGAAAAAUUUUAAAAGAUCAAGAUACUUUGACUCAGCAUGGAAUUCAUGAUGGACUCACUGUUCACCUGGUUAUCAAAACACAGAACAGAUCACAAGACCAUCCAACUCAACAGGCAAACACCACUGGGAGUACUGCUACCACAUCAACAUCAAGCAGUAGCACCUCAACACCAGCGUCGACAAAUAGUAAUCCCUUUGGCUUGGGUGGCCUUGGAGGUUUGGCAGGCCUGAGUAGCCUAGGCUUAAAUACUUCAAACUUCUCGGAGCUGCAAAGUCAGAUGCAACGACAACUUAUGUCCAACCCGGAAAUGAUGGUUCAGAUAAUGGAGAAUCCAUUUGUUCAGAGCAUGCUUUCAAAUCCUGACCUGAUGAGGCAGUUAAUUAUGGCUAACCCUCAAAUGCAGCAACUGAUACAGAGAAAUCCAGAAAUCAGUCACAUGCUGAAUAAUCCAGAUAUAAUGAGACAGACACUAGAACUUGCUAGAAACCCUGCAAUGAUGCAGGAAAUGAUGCGAAACCAGGACCGAGCCUUGAGCAACCUUGAAAGUAUGCCAGGGGGAUACAAUGCCUUGCGGCGUAUGUACACAGACAUCCAGGAGCCAAUCCUGAAUGCAGCACAGGAACAGUUUGGAGGUAACCCAUUUGCUUCUUUAGUAAGCAAUGCAUCAGCAGGAGGGGACAGUCAGCCAUCUCGUACAGAAAAUAGAGAUCCUCUGCCAAAUCCGUGGGCUCCUCAGUCCAGCUCACAGACUCCCACAACAAAUACUGGCACUACUGGUGAGAGCAGUGGCAGCAGUAAUGCCGAAAGUAGCACUUCAGGCACAACGGGACAGAGCUCAACUGGACCAAAUUUGGGACCUGGGCUUGGAGCUGGUAUGUUCAAUACCCCAGGAAUGCAGAGCUUAUUACAGCAGAUAACAGAAAACCCACAACUUAUGCAGAAUAUGUUGUCUGCACCCUACAUGAGAAGCAUGAUGCAAUCGUUAAGCCAGAAUCCUGAUCUUGCAGUACAGAUGAUGUUGAAUAAUCCUUUAUUUGUUGGAAAUCCUCAACUUCAAGAACAAAUGAGACAACAACUUCCAACUUUCCUUCAGCAAAUGCAGAAUCCUGACACGUUAUCAGCUAUGUCAAACCCCAGAGCAAUGCAGGCUCUGCUACAGAUUCAGCAGGGCUUGCAGACAUUAGCAACAGAAGCACCGGGGCUUAUACCAGGGUUUAAUCCUGGUUUGGGUGGAGGGGGAAGCAGUGGAACUCCUACAGCAUCCACUGUACCUAGUUCUGUUUCCACUGAAAAUACAAGUCCAGCUUCAGGAACUGCUGAAUCUGGUCACCAACAGUUUGUCCACCAGAUGUUGCAGGCACUUGCUGGUGCAAAUGCUCAGCAGUUACAAAAUCCAGAAGUUCGAUUUCAGCAACAACUGGAACAGCUGAGCGCAAUGGGCUUUCUGAACCGUGAAGCAAAUUUACAAGCACUAAUAGCAACAGGAGGAGACAUCAAUGCAGCUAUUGAAAGGCUGCUUGGCUCUCAGCCUUCAUAGCAGUGUUUCUUUUAACUUGAAAAAUGUAAUUUAUUUUUGAUAACAGCUCUUUAAUCUUUCAGAUUGCUUUAUUUCAUUCUGACUCUUGGGAUUGUCUUGUUAUAACUAAAACCAGUCUGAUGCAUUUGAAGGUGGAGUGCAGUAGUUUUCUUCAGACAUUGGGAAUCAAUGCAUUUUCAUUUUUGAGUGCAUCAGUUCUUCUGUUCAGCAUUAUUUGUGAUUUUUUGGAAACAGUAUCAGCUUUCACAGUUGGAUGAACAAGUUUUGUCUGACCUACAAAUGGCCAAUUUAUUUACUACUUAAACAGUAUCCUUCAAUAGUAAUUUAUGUAGAUUACAUAUUAAAAAGGAAACAAAUUAAUUGAAGCUAUGAGUACCAAUACUGCUUAUUGUGAUUUUGGCAUGUUUUAUUCUCUUGACUAGCAAAAUGCUGGAAGAUUUAUACCACUUAAAUACCAUCUUUUGCUUUAAUUUGUCUAAGGUAUAAACACAAUAUAUACAACAGAGACAGCUCAUUUCUAGACAUGUACACAAUAUAAUAGAGUGAAAUUGUAAGCAAUGAAAAACAAACAAAAAAAAACCCCAAAGCAACAAGAAAAAACCCCACAAAAAAACCAAACAUAAAAAAAAACCCCAAAAAAAGGACAAAAAAAAAACCAUCAUAGGGCUUGAAUUCGGUGUCGAACUGCCCAGGAUCUUUGGUAACUAUCUGAGAAAAAAUUCUUAAGCAACUUUAGUUAAAAUAUGCUAGAAUUACUGUUCUGGUUGUCUCUUUACAUUUAACUGCACAGAAACUUGCAUUAUAACAUUAUUUCGAUAUUCACAGAUUUAACUGUAAAUUACUUUUGUCAUUGUCCAAAUUAAAGAGCCACAGCCUUGUGCUCUGGAAUUGCUUCUAUGGCUAUUUGGCUUGUUCCACUGAGAUUUUUACAUGUAUUCUGAUUUGUAAUUGGAGAAAUUACUUCUAUUCAUGGUCAUGUGAUACUCUAAUUACUUUUAACCACCAAGUAAAAAAAUACUGUAUAGCUUUUGAGUUUCUCUUGGUAGUUACUUCUCUUGUGCACAGGUAAUAAAUGAAUUAAAAAAAUCUUUAAGCAUCUUGUUUCAGUGUGUUUGCAGUUGUUCAUUACCUAAAAAUCAAGACGACAGUCCAUCGUAAAAGCAUUUGAGUGAACUGAAGUUCUGGCAAUACUUACCAGUUCUGCGCUAAAACUGGUUAACAACUCCUGCGGUGUGAGGAGGACAGAGGAGAAUAAGAGAUGGAUGAUGUUGAAGACUUUUAGCUUAGAUGAAGUAGGGAUUGCAGAACAAAAGUUGAAAUGAAUCUGGUUUUUAUUGCUCUUUUGUGUCAGUUUAAUGGACUUGUACCUCUUCAGGUUCCUUCAAUGUUCUCAACCCUGAUCUUCUGCAGAGUGCAGUUCUUCAUUUUGCCAAUCCCUGUUCUCACCUUCUGUGACUUGGGCAUUGUGGCUGGAGCAUUUGCUGGUGAAGACUGAGUUAAAAAAAUUGAGUACCUCAGCUUAUGUCCUACAUAACCAGGUCUUCCAAAUCCCUCCUGU